CACCAAAACACAACAAUCCGAUCAGAAAAUAUGAGCGAAGAACUAAGUCAAAAGCCAUCAUCAGCUCAGUCUCUGUCACUGAGAGAGGGCAGAAAUAGGUUUCCUUUUCUGUCCCUGUCACAGAGAGAGGGCAGAUUUUUUCCUUCUCUAUCUCUUUCAGAGAGAGAUGGAAGAAAGUUUUCUUUUCUCAGUAUGUUCUCUUUUCUCAUGCCACUGUUGGAGGUUAUUAAGAUUAUUAUUGCUUCUGUGGCCUCCGUAAUCUUCGUCGGUUUCGCCUGUGUAACCCUCGCUGGUUCUGCCGCAGCAUUAGUCGUAAGCACCCCGGUUUUCAUCAUAUUUAGUCCUGUUCUCGUACCAGCUACGAUAGCCACGGUUGUCUUGGCGACAGGAUUCACGGCCGGUGGCUCUUUUGGAGCGACAGCACUUGGUCUCAUCAUGUGGCUUGUUAAACGUAGGAUGGGAGUAAAGCCGAAGGAUAAUCCACCUCCGGCAGGACUUCCACCGAAUUCGGGAGCAGGAGCAGGAGGAGCUCAAAGUCUGAUCAAAAAGUCAAAGGCAAAGUCUAAAGGUGGGCUUAAGGCUUGGUGUAAGAAGAUGUUAAAAAGUAAAUUCGGUGGUAAAAAAGGCAAGUCCGGGGGUGGAAAAAGUAAAUUUGGAGGUAAAGGCGGUAAGUCCGAAGGUGAAGAAGGUAUGUCGUCUGGGGAUGAAGGUAUGUCUGGAAGUGAAGGAGGUAUGUCCGGAGGUGAAGGAGGUAAAUCCAAAAGUGGAAAAGGUAAACUCAAAGCUAAACUCGAAAAGAAAAAAGGUAUGUCCGGAGGGUCCGAGAGUGAAGAAGGUAUGUCUGGAAGUGAAGGAGGUAUGUCUGGUGGUGGAGGAAGUAAAUCCAAAAGUAAAAAAAGUAAACUCAAAGCUAAAUUGGGAAAGAAAAAAGGUAUGUCCGGAGGCAUGUCAGGAAGUGAAGAAGGUAUGUCUGGAAGUGAAGGAGGUAUGUCCAGUGGUGGAGGAAGUAAAUCCAAAAGUAAAAAAAGUAAACUCAAAGCUAAAUUGGGAAAGAAAAAAAGUAUGUCCGGAGGCAUGUCAGGAAGUGAAGAAGGUAUGUCUGGAAGUGAAGGAGGUAUGUCCGGAGGUGGAGGAGGCAUGUCAGGAAGUGAAGGAGGUAUGUCUCGAAGUGAAGGAGGUAUAUCCGGAGGUGGUAUGUCUGGGGGCAGUGGAAGUAAACACAAAAUUGGAGGAGGUAAACACGGAGGUCUUGGAGGUAAAUUCGGAAAGAAAAGAGGCAUGUCCGGAAGUGGAGGAGGCAUGUCAGGAAGUGAAGGAGGUGUGUCUGGAAGUGAAGGAAGUAUGUCCGGAGGUGGUAUGUCUGGGGGUAGCGGAAGUAAACACAAAAUUGGAGGAGGUAAACACGGAGGUCUUAGAGGUAAAUUCGGAAAGAAAAGAGGUAUGUCAGGAAGUGAAGGAGGUAUGUCUGGAAGUGAAGGAGGUAUGUCGGAAAGUGGUAUGUCCGGGAGUGGAGGGGGUAAACACAAAAUCGGAGGAGGUAAACACAAAUUUGGAGGAGGUAAACACGGAGGUGGAGGUGGCCACAUGGCGGAGUAAAGAACAAUGGUCAAGUUGUUCCAACAUUAAGCAGAUCAUUGUGCAUUAGUUCAAGAUUGUAUGAUUGGGAAAGUAAAAGAAAGAAAAAAAUAUUUUCUAAUAAGUUUUAUGUUUAUAUGUAAUGUUGAAUCUGAUUAUUAUGAUAAAAAGACAUAAAUGUGAUACAAUGUUUAUUUUAAGAACAAUAAUAAUGUGGCAACAGUUUUAGUCCAUUCUGUAGUAGAAUUGCUUCUGUUAUUCAAUUGUACGUAAGCAUAGUUUUAUAGUUAAAAUGAAUAUAAAGAGGAUGUUUCCCUA